CAGGCGCGGCGAAUCGAGCGUCGAGCGGGCUAGUGGGCGGCGAAGAGUGCCGAGCGGCCUCGUCCCCAACGGUCCGCGCCCCAGCCCGCGGCCCUCAGGCGUCCGAGGCGUGGCCCGGCGCGGGGAGCGGCUCUGAGGAGACUGGAAGAAACGCGAGACAUCGUCCCCGGCCCGCUUUUCUACGAGAUGCUGGGAUUUUUGCAGCGCCCUGUGGUGGUGACAGCUGACAUCAACUUGAAUGUCGUGGCUCUGACCGCGGUGGGGUUGCUGAGCCGACUAUGGCAGCUUGCCUAUCCAAGGGCCGUGGUUUUUGAUGAAGUGUAUUAUGGGCAGUACAUCUCUUUUUACAUGAAGCGGAUCUUCUUUUUGGAUGGCAGCGGACCACCGUUUGGCCACAUGCUGCUGGCCUUGGGAGGUUAUUUAGGAGGAUUUGAUGGUAACUUUUUGUGGAACAGAAUUGGAGCAGAAUACAGCACCAACGUGCCCGUGUGGUCCCUGCGCCUGCUGCCGGCCCUUGCGGGGGCCCUGUCGGUGCCCAUGGCCUACCAGAUCGUGUGGGAGCUCGGCUUCUCUCAUUGUGCCGCCGUGGGGGCCGCUCUUCUGAUUCUGAUCGAGAACGCUCUGAUCACUCAGUCGAGGCUGAUGCUUUUGGAAUCAGCGUUGAUAUUUUUCAACCUGUUGGCCGUGCUGUCUUACCUGAAGUUCUCCAACUCCCAGAAACACGGGCCCUUCUCUCCGAGCUGGUGGUUUUGGUUGAUACUGACGGGUGUGGCCUGCGCCUGUGCGGUCGGCAUCAAGUAUGUGGGUGUGUUCACAUACUUACUGGUGCUUGGGGUUGCCGCUGUCCACGCCUGGCACCUGAUAGGAGACCAGACGCUGUCAAACGUCCGUGUGCUGUGUCACCUGCUCGCCCGAGUGGUGGCCCUGUUGGUCAUCCCCGUCCUCGUGUACCUGCUGUUCUUCUAUGUCCACCUGCUGCUGCUCUGCCGCUCCGGGCCGCACGACCAAAUCAUGUCCAGUGCCUUCCAGGCCAGCUUGGAGGGGGGACUGGCGCGGAUCACACAAGGCCAGCCCCUGGAGGUGGCCUACGGUUCCCAGGUCACUCUGAAGAACGCCUUUGGCCAACCUGUGCCCUGCUGGCUUCAUUCCCACCAGAGCACCUACCCCGUGAUAUACGAGAAUGGCCGCGGCAGCUCCCACCAGCAGCAGGUGACCUGCUACCCCUUCAAGGAUGUCAACAACUGGUGGAUUGUAAAGGACCCCGGGAGGCACCAGCUGGUGGUGAACAACCCCCCGAGGCCUGUGCGGCACGGCGACAUCGUGCAGCUGGCGCACGGCAUGACCACCCGCCUCCUCAACACGCACGACGUCGCGGCCCCCCUGAGCCCUCACUCCCAGGAGGUGUCCUGCUACAUCGACUACAAUGUCUCCAUGCCCGCCCAGAACCUCUGGAGGCUGGACAUCGUGAACAGAGAGUCGGACACGGACGUCUGGAAGACCAUUGUGUCAGAGGUCCGCUUUGUGCAUGUGAACACCUCAGCCAUCCUCAAGCUGAGCGGGGCGCCCCUCCCGGACUGGGGCUUUCGGCAGCUGGAGGUGGUCGGGGAGCAGCUGUCCCGGGGCUACCACGGGAGCACCGUGUGGAGCGUGGAGGAACACCGCUACGGCAGGAGCCAGGAGCAGAAGGAGAGGGAACUGGAGCUGCACUCCCCUACGCAGACGGACGUCAGCAGAAACCUCAGCUUCAUGGCCAGAUUCUCGGAGCUGCAGUGGCGGAUGCUGACAGUGAGAAGCGACGAUUCCGAACACAAAUACAGCUCCACGCCGCUGGACUGGGUCAUGCUAGACACCAACAUCGCCUACUGGCUGCACCCCAGGACCAGUGCACAGAUCCACCUGCUCGGAAACAUCGUGAUCUGGGCCUCGGCCAGCCUCGCCACCCUGGUGUACGCCCUGCUCUUCAUCUGGUACCUGUUCAGACGCCGAAGAAGAGUCUGCGACCUCCCUGAGGAUUGCUGGCUGCGCUGGGCACUGGCCGGGGCUCUGUGCGCCGGGGGCUGGGCCGUGAACUACGUGCCCUUCUUCAUGAUGGAGAAGACGCUGUUCCUCUACCACUACCUGCCCGCACUCACCUUCCAGAUCCUGCUGCUUCCUGUGGUCUUGGAGCACGUCAGCGACCACCUGUGCAGGUCCCAGCUCCAGAGGAGCCUCUUCGGCGCGCUGGUCGUGGCAUGGUUUGCCUCUGCCUGUCAUGUGUCCAACACGCUGCGCCCGCUAACCUACGGGGACAGGUCACUCUCACCCAGCGAACUCAAGGCCCUUCGCUGGAAAGACAGCUGGGAUAUCCUGAUCCGGAAAAACUAGUAGGAUGCGGACACAGUGACGGACGGCAGGGCCGGGUCAGGACAAAGUAGAACCGUCGUUUGUGAGCACGUUUCCUUCUGACAACGCAGAGUGGCUCUGAGCUUGGUGGGGACUCAGGCUCGGCAGGGGUUCUGUUCUGGUUUCGCUGUUGAAACAGUCCUCUGACGAGCACCUCGUUUUGAGCAAAGUCUGUUUUCCCCCGGACCAUAAAGAUCAGCGCCCUCCAUGUCUGCUGACUCCUAGGAGCCCCGUGAACUAGCUGAGUGUGGAGCGGCCGGCGUGGGGCUCCUGUCGGCCUAGAUGGAGGCAGGGAGGGGCCGGCUUGGGGCGAACCAGACGAGGCCCCGGUCUUGCUGUCAGAGGCUGGCGGUGGGCUUUGGCUGACUGGCCCGCUGACCUGCUGACCCCGUGAGGCCGCGGGGAGUCACCCUCAUGGUUCAGGGGCACACGAGCUAUUGCAACGCCGGCCUGAGGAGGUUGUGCAAGGCUGGCCGUUCCUCCUCGCCAUCGCUGACUCUUUAACCGCUGCCCGGAGAGCCUGCUGAGAGGUGCGUGAGCGACUAGCCUCCUAACCGUCAGGGUUUGUGUUAUCCAUACAUUUCCUCGUCCUGAAUUUGCCUUUUCUUAAUGUAAUUAAAAAGGGACAAAGUGACAUUCAUAUUUGGUAUUAUUUAUUGGAUCUCUCUCCGAAAGGGCACAGUAAGUUUGACAAAACUUUCACAGUCAUCAGAAACCAGCCACCGUGCUCAGCUGAGCUCAACUGAUGUCUCUGUGUAACUACAGUUAGAACUCGACAGCUGGUGGCUUUUACAGAAACAGCCACGUGGGAGGGAGGACAAAUGAGGACAAGACCAUGACUGAUUGUGAGGCGCGGACGCUGCGUGAGCACAGGAGACCGGCCACCUUUGGGCCGCGGCAUCUGCUCACGUCUCUCUGGUCCACACACGCCUUGACUGGAGGUGACGUGCCCUUGACCUGGCCGAGGGCGACACCAGGAAAGACCUGUCCAGACAGCAGCCUGGGCUCAGGGGCCGUGAGUAGGCCUGCGUGAGGACGCUGUGCCCGCCGGAAGGCAGACCCCCAAGCAGGCGGACUCGGGCUGGGCAAGCGGGGGCCCCGCCUGUGCUUGGUGCUGGUUAAGGAAAAGCUUGCUCCCCAGGGCUCCCUCCUGGCUCUGCCUUCCGAGCACAGGCCGGAAGGAAGGAAGCCUGUCUAUGGCCCCUGGUGUACCAGGUCAGUGUGUACCAGGAGCACAACCCUGCUGGUGGGUCAUGAUCUUGGGUUACUAGGUCACAGCGAGCAUGGUGUCAGGAGACGGACUACAACAGAAAACAUGUGGUUGUAUAACACAUAAAAAGGAAGAGAGUUACCUCUUCACACUUUUCAGUUACACGUGUGUGAACCAGAUCAUACUAGUCUCUCUUGCUGUGGGUUCACCGUCAAAAUCACAGCGUCCGGGCUAUUUCUUCAACGUUCCCCAAAUAUGUGACUCGCUCACCACACGUUCUGUGGCGUUUCUCAGUAACUAAAGAGACCUUUAAGCCUCUGUGAUGUGAGGAAGCGGGUGGAAAGGUCAGGGCUGCCUGCAGACAUCCUGUCAGACCCAGUCUGAAUAACUCGUCCAGGUUUCCUGAAUUAGCGAGGGACGCCUGGACUCCAGCACCACCCCGGCCACGGUUGUGUGUUUAGGGGCCGGGGGGCAUCUCUGGACCCGCGGGAGCUGAGCACCCCACUCCUCAGUGGGGCCUGCUGCUGGACUCCAGGUGCGACCGUUUGCCAGAGGUCAGCACUGCGGGGUGGUCUCCCGGCUCAGGAAACGUCCUCUUGCAGCUGCGCCCGUUGGACCCUCCGCGAUGCCACUUGCAGAUGUCGCCAUUGAGGAUGUCUUGGAUGUGCUGCACGAUAAGGUUGAUGGCCACUGCAGCAGAGACAGACAGAGCUGGGUCAGCUGCCCCCACUCUCCAUCACGACACGCCGGGAGCGAUGCCCGCCCAGCGCCAACCUGGCGUUACUGGUGAAGCACACAGUUUUCCUCCCUGAAGCAUCUGUGUGGCGCUGAGUCUCAGCAGACAGACAAGUGCACGCUGGGGCCUGAGCACAAUAAAACCUACCUGGCUCGGUCGGCGAGGGUUUCUGUUAACUAACUCUGGUUAAGAUACCUUCUGCUAAUGAGUGACUCCCUGUCAGUUUUCCAUAUAUAUUUUUUUUUUUUC